AUGGUCUCGACGACGACGACGACAAUUACUACUACUACUACUACUACUACUACUACUACUACAGCACCGCAUCAACUCUACAGGACGCAAAGCCAGGAACACUCUGUGGUGGCUUCGUCACCUUCGCCUCCAGACCGGGCUGAAUCCUCCACUGGUUCAUCGCACCUUCCACUGCGCAUGGCGGGACAAGAUCCAGGGCGUCUCUUUCGCCAACAGUCACCACGAAAUCUAAGUGACAGCUUCGAUGCGGCAACUCCCUACAAGUCUCCUCGUCUGCAACGGGAGCAGAGCCCUGCAAGGAAUGACGACUCGCUACCAGUAGCGUCGCCGCAAAUGCAGAGGACCAAAAGCCAGGAGCACUUGGUGGCUGCUUCGCCGCCUUCGUCUGCAGACCCGCCUCGCUCGUCUGUGGAUUGGUCGCUGUCUCCACGGCGCAGGGCGGGACAAGAUCCAGGACGCGCCUGGCUCCAGGAGUCUCCAAAUCGAAGGGACCAGUUCGAUGCGGCAACUCCCUGUAAGUCUCCUCGUCUGCAACGGAAGCAGAGCCCUGCGAAGAGUGACGACUCAGUAACAAUAAUAUCGCCGCAAUCGCAGAGGACCAAAAGCCAGGACCACCUGCUGGCUGCUUCACCGCCUUCGUCUGCAGACCAGCCUCGCUCAUCUGUGGAUUGGUCGCUGUCAACACAGGGCAGGGCGGGACAAGAUCCAGGGCGCGCCUACCGCCUGCUAUAUCCACAUCCAGAUGCGACCAGUGAGUCUGAAGCUUGUCCAUUGUUGGAGUCCUCUGAAAUGAAACAAGAAUCGAAGUGCAAAGAUGAAGCAGAAACAAAUAAAGUUGAAGGAACAGCACCGGCUGCUCGUGACACCAGGGUUAUAAGUAUCAGUUCUGAUGACAACGAAUCUCUGGAUGGAAAAGUGGGAUCUCAUGUGAUGGGUGUGGUGACUUCUGCUGACUCGGAGAACUCUGGUGCAACGGUGGUAACCACUGAGCCUCCCAAGUCGUCGCCAGCCCAGACGAUGGAGCCGGUGAAGCCCUCUGCAGAGCUACUGUCGGGCACUCAGUGGACUACUUUAUCAGUGCCAACAGGUGGAGUUCAAUCGGCAGCACCACAGGUGCUAGACAAAGUGCCGAUUGCUGGAGCUACGUGGCAGGUACCUCAAUCAUCUGCCGUAAUAGGUGCAAACAAAUUCGUCACACAACCUGCUGAGAUGCAGCCACUUGAUCUCUCGCGGAGUGACACCAGACAGCAGCCACCAUUACAGCCACCUGGUGUUCCGCCGCGGCUCCAGCUGCCUCCACCUCCUGCUUCAUCAUAUUAUGCCAUCCGAAGGCAUAUUCCACAGUCGGGGAUUACUUCUUUACCUACUCCGAAAUUUGUGACACCCAGACCAUCACCACUUUUCCCAGAAAGUCCACUCCUAUAUCCACGAACUGUCGCAGCACCUCGCACUCCAAAGCGUAUGCGUCGACCUACCCGUCCUUCGACAGGGUCUGCGGUCGCACUACAGAUUUCUGCAGCUAACGUCGAUCGAACACCACCAUAUGGAAUGGUAACACAACCUCACGAUGUGCGUCAAAGUGUAAUAGUAAUGGUGCCGAGAACAGCUGCUGCCACCAUGAAGUGUAACAACCAGACUGAAGUGACACCAACAUCUAUUCCCACUGUUUCAGUAGAUACUCUGUCUGCGUCAUCAGCACCAGAUCCUACCGUUGCUGACCGCAACACUGACCCAGGAGCUCAGCAGUAG